UUUGGACCAAGGUGUCAGUCAAAGUGUAGUGAAAGACACUGUAAAGGAGACAACUCAUCUUGUGAUACUAAGAAUGGAACAUGCCAACAUGGCUGUCAGCCGGGGUGGAAGAGUCCAAGUUGAAACACUGCAUGUGAUAGAGGAUCCUAUGGCGUUGGUUGUCAAUUCAGUUGUUCAAGAAGACACUGCAAAGUGAGUACGACGAGCUGCAACAAGGUCAAUGGUUCCUGUGAAGGUCUGUGCCGGGACAGUUGGAUGGGAGUCGACUGUACAGGAUGUGAUGGGAAAUACGGACCAGAUUGUUCAUUAUCGUGUGAUGACAGACACUGUAAACAGAACAAUGCACCAUGUAAUCACUUGACCGGAUCUUGUGAUGGAGAAUGUAUGUCUGGUUGGCAAGGUGCUACAUGUUCUGACAAUUGCAGUAAUAUGACCUAUGGCGACAACUGUGCAAUGCUGUGUUCAGACAGACACUGUAGUAACACAGCGUCUUGUCACCAUGAGACUGGCCACUGUGUUGGUGGAUGUGCAUCAGGAUGGAAAGGAACAACCUGCUCGAAAGUAGAGUCUGCAGCAUCAACUGAUUUCCCAGUCGGAUCUGCAGUUGGUGGCAUUGUUGCUGCAUUGGUUGUGAUAGCUGUGGUCAUCGUUGUUAUCGUAUUUGUCAGGAGACGAAAACUGAACACAAAAGAUCACACGGAGCAUAGACCUGUUCCAGAAAAGACAGAAAACACUCUAGGUAAAGCACAUGGUGCAGCUGAAGGACCUAUCUACGCCAAUGUUGAACCAUCUGCAAGAAUUUCAACUGAAACCCUUGACAUAGACGAGACAAACGUCAGUGAUGUAGUGCCGGUAGUUGAUAGAGGAGAACCUGCAGGGGAACAGACAGAUGAGGAGGAGGAGGUCCAGGAUUCUAACACGUAUUACAAUGCUGAUCAACCAGCUCCUCUUCCGUUCAAUCUGCCAGAAGAAGGCUUUCACAUCUCAGAACUUGAAGGUAUCAUAGAGAACAUCAGGAGACAGCCUGGAGAAUUUGCAGCAGAAUAUCUCAAACUACCAAGUGGGUUCAAGCAUCCAUACACCGAUUCACAGAUACAAGAAAACAGAUGCAAGAACAGAUUUGCUGGUUACUACCCCUAUAACAAUAAUCGUGUGAAACUAUCUUUGCUGCCAAACAUACCACACUCUGACUACAUCAACGCCAGUUACGUCGAUGCAUACGGAAAGCCGAAUUAUUUUAUUGCUUCACAAGCUCCAAACAAAGUGACUUUACCAGAUUUCUGGAGAAUGAUCUGGGAACAGGACUGUGGACAAAUAGUCAUGUUGACAAACCUGAUGGAGGCUGGAAAGCAUAAAUGCGAGCCCUAUUGGAAGGAUUCGGGGUCAAUGAAUGUUGGGUAUUUUUACGUUGCGGUCACAGAAAUUACCGAACGAGCAGACUACGUCAUCAGAAAGAUAGAAGUCACCCAGAAGAAGUCUAAGAAGUGCAAGACGUUUGACCAUUACCACUUCACAUCAUGGCCUGACCACGGAGUACCUAAAGUGUUGGACUUACUGGAAUUCUUCUGGUUGACAAGAGAGACUUCCCCAUCCCGCCCUGGUCCUGUUCUGGUUCACUGCAGUGCUGGGAUCGGCAGAACUGGGACGUACAUUGCUCUACAUAUCCUGACAGACGAGAUGAACAAAACUGGAAGAAUCAACAUACUGGAUGUGAUGACCAAGAUCAGAGAUCAAAGGAAAAACAUGGUUCAGACAAAGAAUCAGUAUGAAUGCAUUUUCACGAGUAUGCUUGAGGUUGCAACGUAUGGACAGACAAGUAUGACCACAUCUACGUACACACAGGGAUAUGAUGAACUGAAAGGAUCUAUGAGCAUGGGCCGCAAAACACUCGAUGAUCUGGCUCAGGUAAUUGCAACAACUGACAUAUCUGAUACAGAUCUUCCACUGAAGAACAAGCUGUGGGUUGGUGGAAAGGACGAUCUCUUUGUUGUUCAGGCCCCUUCCACACUGCUGAGUAAAGGUUAUCUGUUGGUUUACACUCCACAAAGAACAGAAAAUCUGCUGUGGAAACUGAUCAUGGAGAAUGAUGCACUGACUCUUGUCACUCUGGGUAACAAGAAUGACGCAUUCGUCCCUGGUCCAAGCCAUUCCGGUAACUAUGGAAACGUGACUGUGACGACAGUGACAGAAACGCAUAUUUCAAGAGAGAUAACAUUAAGAAUACUUAAUGUUGAAAUGAAGGAUUCAGAUGAAACGAAGGAAAUAGCAAACUUGUCUGUGCAGUCUUGGAGUGACAUAUCUAACACUUCCACACUGAUAAGUUCUCUAACAACACUGACAGAACAAAUCCUGGACAGACAGAACAGUCUGAAAUUUCACCCCGUCACGGUCAUUUUCGAUGAAUCUGACAGAAAGGAAGGUCUGUCAUUGUGCAUACUGAACAACAUCAUGUCUGGAGUUUCCCUUGACAAGCGAGUUGAGAUAUUUAACAACGUCAGAAGACUCCAGUCAGUUCUGCCAGGUGUUCACUUAUCAGCGGACGACUUCAAACUUUUCUGUGAUCUUCCCUUUGCUUAUCUCGAUUCCACAGGCGUGUAUGCUAACAUGUAAACUGACCAAUGUCCACAUUUUAGUGUUCACUUAAAGCAGUGGUCAGCGGUGACCAUAUGUGAGGAAUGUGUAACAUAUCAACAUGGAGUUCAUUGAAAGCAAACUGUGUGUCGUGUAGCAUAGGCCAUGAUGGUAAUAGAGGAAUGUUUAAUAAACAAAACAAAAACAAAAACAAUAUGGACUAAAAGGACAGUAAGCUAUAACAACAUCAUGGAUAACAAUCUUUACCAAAUAAGUACAAGUGUAUUCAAAAUAGCAUCUUUGCAGCUGCUAGGAUCGAUCCCUGUUGGUGGUCUAUUGGGCUAUAUUUCGUUUCAGUAAGUUCACCACGACUGGCAUAUCAAAGGCCGUUGUAUGUGCUAUCAUGUCUGUAGGAUGGUGCAUAUAAAAGAGCCCUUGCUACUAAUGAAAAAUCGUAGCGGGUUUCCUUUCGAAGACUGUAUGUCAGAAUCACCAAGUGUAAAUCAAUGUGCUCUAGUGGUGUCGUUAAACAAAUCAAACUUUUGUUUUUAACUUUGCAGCGAAAUCGGUGAUAUAGUGGGUAAACGAUCAGACCAUUAAGUUGGUUGGAAGAUAUUAAAGGGACAUUCCUGAGUUUGCUGCAAUGUAAGAUGUUUCCGACUAAUAAAAUAUUUCUACGAUUAAACUUACAUAUUAAAUAUAUUUUCUUGUUUAGAAUAUCAGUGUCUGUAUAU